AUGGACCGGCCUAGCACCAGCCAGCAGUCCGUGGAGAAGGUGGAGAUGUUCGAGGUGCGGGAGCACAUCCCGUACCAGGCGGAACUGACGCGGGCGCCGGGCGCGUAUGACCAGGAGAGCGGGGAAAUGUACGACUCAUCGUGGACUUCGGCGUGGCUGGCCAUAUGCCAACUGUUCAACCUCCUCCAUCACAUGCAGAUCGCGAUCGUGGUGUUCUGUCUGUGGCAUUUCGCUCUGACCGCCGCGCCAAACGGCUCCAUCAGCAAUCUGCAAUUGCACAUUAUAUUCGCUGGAACUGGAUAUCAAUUGUUUCUCGUGGAAGCAGUACUCACCGUGCACCGGCAUAACGCAUGGUCCAGUCAGCUAUCGAAAGACAGCAAACGGAUAGUACACGGAUGUCUCCAACUGAUCGGUUCAGUGUUCGUUAUAGCGGGGACCUUCCUCGGACUGGCUGAGGCGAACAUGCAGAUCAACACAGCACAUGGAAUAUGCGGUGUGAUUGCUUUAGCAUUCUCCUUGAUAAGCUUUGUUACUGGCAUCAUAGCUCUCUUCUCAUCGAAAGUACGUUUAAUGAUUAAGAAUGGGCCAGUGAAGAUUUUGCACAUAGCCGUUGGACUGUUUGCAAUCUCUAUGGGUCUCAUCACCAUGGUCAUUGGAUUCAACAUGGACUACUUCAGCGCGUCUCAGGGCGGCCUGUCAUCAGCCCUAAUGGUUUUCGUAGUAAUGAUUCUGAUAUACGUGGUAAUCCAACCUAUUGUGGAUUUAGUGUCCACUACACGCAAUACAAUG